UUUUCCAUGGUUAAAUUGUAAACAGUUAUAAUUUUUGUGGUAGCUGCUUAUACAAAUCAAAUUUAGUCUUUAUUUAUUUUUAUUUUAUGCUAAUUGCCAUUUAUGACCGUUACUUGAGGAAAUAUUUAACAAUAUUGAGAAUAAGAACCUUUAAGCUAGUUAAAGCUAGACUUUAAUGCUUUUUUGCUGCCAAAAAGCUCGCACUUUUCGCUACUAGUGGGCUAUAACAUAUAGCCUAGUAGCAGCUCAACCAAUCAGAAUGCAGCAUUGAUAAUAGACCACUAGUUGGAUUUUACUAAAUACUGUUAUACGUUGAUUCUGAUCGUUCCUUCCAUUCUGCAAGCUCAUGAUUUUUCACUCUUUUAAUUUAUCUUCUUUUUUUUUCAGCCUCUCAGAGUGUAGAGGAUACAGUGGGAUCUGUAAGACACAAAAACUGUCCUGUUAGUUUACAUCCAUGUGCUAGGGAUGCUUAUCUGCUUUUCCAGGUGAAUCACUUUGAAGAUCAGUGGAUGAUUUCCCACUGGUUUGUCUCUUGUUUUAGGUCAGGAAGGCUCAAACCUGACUUUUCUUCACCUUAAGCUGUUACCCUGGGGUGGGUACUCAGCAAAGUUUUAUACAGGGAGGUUCUGCCCUGAGAUCCAAUCCCUUAAUACUCUUAAAAUAUAUACCAUUUUUUGGCAAAAAAGGUACCCCUUUUAUAUACCUUCUACUUAAAAAUGGUACCCCUUUUGCAUAUCUAGUUUAGAAUUUUGCAUAUCUUAUAACUUUUGCAAAUUAUUGAUUCAUUGUCUUUAAAAUCUCAAAGCCACGAAGUUUUCUCUACUUUUUAGAUUUGAAUUUGAUUAGUUUCUUGAUGACAUGUUCAGCCAGAUCUUAAUGGAAAAAAAUUUAUCAAGCUUUCUUUUUUGCCCUCUCUUCCCAAAAAACCCAAAAUGUGUGAUCUCAGAUUAAAGAGAAGUGGGUUCUUAGGUUUUAGAUCAAUGAUGGGCAGUUAGCAGCUGACUUUUACGCAGCACUGUGACUGUACACUGCGAGACUUCAUGUAACACUUAUCUGACAUUUGUAAAGAGUCUGCCAAUAAUAAUAAUGACUCGAUGUUAUUCUCUGUAAAUGUGAUGUCUUCCGUUUUAAUAAUUGGCAUGUAUCUUAAUUUAUUUUCAAGGAUUUGUGUCAACUCACAAAUGGAGAGCAGCCCUACUGGUUACAUGGCAUUGUCGAAAUGACGAGAACUUUUGGUUUGGAGCUGUUGGAAAGUGUGCUCAAAGGAUAUCCUAAUAUAUUUUUGAAGGUGAAAUUAUUACUAGUGUGUUCUUCUUUGGGCUCUAAAAAUUCACGUGGUAAAAUUCACGUGAUGUUUAUUUUUUACUUAUAUUGCUGCAAGGUAAAAACACAAAGAAAAUGAAUGGGUCCCAGAUUGAAAUUUGGAAGUUGUUGUUUUUAAGGAGAGGGGAAAAGUGGGAUUCCUGGAGAAAAACCCUCAGAGUAAGGCAGAGAACCAACAACAAAUUUAAUCCAUGUGUGGCAUCAUUGCCAGGAUUCAAACAUGGGCCUCACUGGUGGGAGGCGAGUACUCUCACCAUGGCACCAGCCUUGCUCUCCGUUAGCUAGUAAAAUUGUUUGAUCAUUCUUUAAGUCAGUUUAUCUUUAAGCCAGUUUUUUAUCGGAGGGUGUUUGGAUAGAUCAAGUAUUGGAAGGCUCGUUGAUGAACUCUAAGAAUGAGUGGAACUAUUUCUGCAUUCCACACGUGGUAGUCGCACGUGAUCACAAAAAAUAGAAUACACCAUGUUGGCUUACAUGGCACUGGCGAACAUGCAGACUAUUUUAGUGCAUCUUACAUGAAAAUUUUAUUGACUGACAAGGCUGGUAGAGCGAAAUAUAUUUUAAAACCUCUAGAACGUUUUUAUUUUUACAUGUUACAUUUUGUAUAUGUGCGUUGAAUAUGGUAAAGACGUGAUGUCUUAUUUUGCAAGUAGUUCAAGUAAGCCAGUUUAAUACUCCAUAAAUUGGUGUAAAGAGAAACAUGUCACCACUUUUGUCUUUUUUUUUCAGCAUCCUGAGUUUAGUUUCCUCUUAAAGGAGAGAGUUUGUCCUUUGAUCAUAAAGCUGUUCUCUCCAAGCAUCAAGCAUCGAGUCAGUUCAUCACCAACUGUGGAGAAACCUCUGUAUCCUGUCGCUGUCAGACUUCUUAGGAUUGUGUCUGUUCUCAUAGAAAAGUUCUAUACACUAUUGGUGAGUUGUUUUCUGAAAUGAAUUUUGAACCUGUAAGCCUGAAUAUCAAGAUGCAUAUUCUCGACACGGUAUUCAUACUUAUCUUGUGGUAUCGAAGAGGAGAAUUUGUUUUUUAAUCAACAUUGCUAGACUGGAGUUUGAGGACAGUAAAUUGAAAACUGAGGAUGAUGGAUAUCACAACUAUGUCUAGUAAUUAAAGAAAGCUGUUACAUGUAUGUUAAUGUAGCUAUCCAAUUUUAUUUACCUUUCAGGCUUAUACAUGCGUUCCUAAUUAAAAUGACGAGAAUUUGAACGUGCAUAACUUAUCAGGUUUUAUCUUAGUUUGCCAUGGUAAUGGUUUUCUUUUUUUUUGCUCUGAUCUGAUGGCUGUUCUUUUUUAUAAGCAUAAACUAUAAUGUAGAUAGAUCUCCCUUGUCUCCAAUUGCAUGCAUGCCAACUCUCCUGGAUUAUCUGGGAGUCUCCCGGAUACAACACCAAUCUCCCGGUCUUCCAUACAGGUCACCAUAUCUUCGGGAUAAGAUAAUCUUUUGAGCUUUCCUGUGCCUCAGUUUGAGAUUUAGCCCAUUUUUACCUCAAAACUGAAUUUUUUCUUAUUUGUAGUACGGUUUCUGGGGCAUUAAGUUACUGACAAAGAUCUUUUGUGGCAUCAAAACAAUAAUCGCAAAUUUUGAUAGUAUAUACCUGAUGUAAGUCUUCAUAUAGUGCCUUUAGUCAUUCCCAUAUUUGUCAGGGGUGGGGAGGGGGAGCAGGGUUCAUUGAAUUUCCAGGGGGAGGGGGUGGCCUGUGAGCAAGCUGAUCUUUUUGCUUGUUUGUUUUAUGUUGUGGUUGUUGGGGAUUUUAUGGAACAAAAUUAACACUAAAGAGUUAUCAUUCCCUUACUUUUUUAAUCACUGCGAAAUUUAGUGAUUGUAGUGGUCAUGUGUUGAGUAACCAUUGCACAGUUUUGAAAAGGACAGGCCCAUGUUGAACCAAAUGUAAUGUCAAGCCUUAAUAAAACUCAGAAAGAUACUCAAAUUAUUGAUGAUUAGUAGGCUGAGACCGAUUACACCCUCCUCGAUAUCCUUAAUUCUUCAGAUUAUACUCAGCCUCAUUCAAUAAUUGUUUUAUUAUUCAUUCAAAAUAAUUCCUAGUUUAAAAACAGGCUAAGACAUGCUUACCUCCAUUGACGUCAUGUUUAGGAGCUAAUAUUCUCCAAAUAGCAGAUGUCAACCUUUGAGUUGUCUUCUUCCUGUUCUUGCUAUUUUUUAUGUAAUAGUUUGCCUUACUCUUCCCUGUGAAAUGAGCUGAGUGAAGUGAUCACUUUUUUUGUUCUCGGUACCAAAACAACUCAUCCUUGUCCCCUGGUUUUCUUAAUAAAUGUUUUUUUGAAGUAAUCUGCAACUUUUCUGCACUUUUGAUGUCAUCAGUCUAAUAUGGCCAACCGGAAAUGGAGAAAUAUUUUGAAUGAAUGGUAAUAUCAUUUUGUUAUGCUUUAUUCACUUUACAUAACUUAAUAUUCCUUUCUCUCAUUACUUGACAGGUAACAGAGUGUGAAAUAUUUUUAUCUCUCCUGGUAAAAUUUUUGGAGCCUGAUAAACCUCAGUGGCAAAGAGCAUUAGCUCUUGAAGUACUUCACACUCUUACCAUUCAGCCUGCUUUGCUCAGGUAAAACUCUAACCUCAAAUGAUUAUCAGAUAGAGUUUUUCUAUCCUUCCUCCUAGCUAUAGUUUGACAGUUAGUAUUGAAUUAAUAUUAAUUUGCACUAAGAGGUCAUGUGACAUCGUUUAAAUUAUGAAAAUGAAAGUUAUAUGAUUUUGCCUUCGAAACGCGCUUAGAGGGUCAUAUCUUAAACAAAACAAUAGUGAUUUUUCAAACCUGCACCAUUUUCUUAAAAUGAGUAAGUUCGUAGCUGGUCAUGUGACCAAAAUGUGAUUUUUAAAAUUAUGAAUUACCUCUUUCUGAACACAAAUUUUGCACUUGAACUUCAAGGAAAAUGUUGAAAAGAUGAUGUGGUAACGUUUACAGCACAUCUGAGUGUAACUAUCAAACAUUUAACAAGAUAUAAGCAAAAAGUUGUUUUGUCUGCCAUGUUGGAGGCUCCAACAUGGCAGCCAAUACAAAUCAUACUACUUUGUUGAAAAAUCAAAGUGCCAUAUAAUAUCUCCCUUAAAUGCGUUUCCUCUCAAAUUUCGGGUGUAAGAUAAUUUUUAUGUGCUCUGUCAAUUUUUGGCAUCCACAAGAUUCCAACUCAUUCUUUAAAGGAAGCAUUGGUCACGUGACCUCUUAGUGCAAGUGGCCUAUUAGCAGUAGUAAUUAAAUGCACUGCAUACAACAUAGAUCUUUUAAUAUUAUUCUCUUCAAAUUACAUGAUACAUUGUACGUAUUUCAUCCACAGACUCAAAGUUGCAUCUUCUUUUUUAUACAGCACAGAAUCAGACAAGUUGAUACUGCACAGAUAUAUUGAUUGGAAAUAAGAUAACUCUUGAUAGGAUUUUUCUAAAAUUAGCUUACUCAGCAGAUAAAAACACUUUCUACAAAAUGUUGAAUGUCUAGAUAGAACAUGACUUUUCAGGUUUAUCCAGGUGAAAUUCACUGGACGAAAAAAUAGAUUGGCACAAAUUUGCUCCUUGCAAAUAUGUCGCAAAUAUGUAAAUACUGAGGAGUAAAUUUAUGGCAAAGAUGGUUUGCAUACCAAAAAACAGGGGGUGUAAAUAAAGUACAGUGAAACUAGAGACAAAUGUGGCAUUUAUCAUGUGUGUUUGCCACAUAAUUUACUUCUCAGUAUUUAUUUAUUUGUGAUGUAUUUGCAAAGAGCAGGUAUGUGCAAAUCCAAUUUUUAUCCUGUUAAAAUGGCAGUCCUGUUUUCUCUGUCAGAAUGUUCGAAAGGGAAUUUUGUUCAAACUCAUCUUUUGCCUGUGGCCUCUUUCAUUUAAAUGGAGCUGGUCUGUCCUUUAAUACUAAACACAUUAAUUUUUUUUAAUGGAAUUUACUAGUCCUGAAUUUUGCUCACCAUUUGCCAAUUGUUGCAAAUAACAGCCAGUCAUCUAACUAUGGCUUAUGUCACAGUUAUACAGCUGAAGUCCAACAAGUGAUCUUUGUCCAGACAAAGUUAUUAUGAAAGACUGUCAUUUUGAAGAUGAUUAAAAUCUAUCUUGAGUGCACGUGAAUUGUCUCAACAACAGCAUGGUAUAGUUGUAGUGAAUGUAUGAUUAUAAUGAAACUUCCUACAAAUCCUGCAUAUAGGGCCAUGCCCAAUUUUCAUUUAUGACUCCUAAUGCAUUCUGGAUUGAGUCCGACCACAUUAAUUUGUGUUGUGUGUGACCAAAAUGGUGACUAGUAGGCCAACUGAUAAUAUUGUCUUUCAAGAAAGAAAAAUUAUGCUUGCAGGUCUGUUUUGCCUAACCUAGAAUCACCAGUUAGCCCAUGUAAAUGGUAUUAAAACAAACAUUGACUUCUAAACUGUGAUUUAUUUCUCCAGGUCAUUUUGCCUGUUUUACGACAUGCAGGAGCACUCCACCAGAAUUUUCCAUGACAUGGUAAAUGCACUAACGAGCUUCACCCAAGGAUUAUUUACCAGUCAAGUGACGCACAGUUUUUCAGAGAAAGGCGCACACUUAGCCAGUGCCAACACAAUACAGACCCCAUCUAGUGCUCCGCCCCCCUCAGUUGUAGCGCUGAGUGCAAUGGGCGGGGUCACCCCACAACCUGGAUUCUCUUACAGGGGUGCAUGGAUACCCCUUUCUGUUAUGCCAGUCUAUGGACAAGCUAAACCUGUUUAGUAAGUUGCUUUUUAAUACCUUUUUUUAUUUUAGUUCAAUGGUUCUGGGUAGUGAAUAGGGAGCUUAAGCAACAACGACAGCUGCAGCUAUGAAAACAUCACUUUAAGAGUGAAUUCGCACUGCCUCAAACUUUAUGGCACUUAUUCCAUCUUGUUUAAUUCGUCAAAUGUCAGGGUUGUCAGAAAGGUUUGAAGUAGAUUGUUGAGGUGUCAAAGUAAGCGGCCAGUCCAGGGAUAUUUUAUUUAAAAAAACGCCAUCCGUCAAGAAAUGCCAAGCAGAGUAGCUGGCCGAUAUUAACUAAGUAGGUGGCGAUUUUCGCCGGCAGUCGGCUACUUUUGACAACCAUGAAUGCUGGCGAAUUUUUGGGAGUUAAAUUCUGGGGGACUAAAUAAAAGUUCAGGAAAAGAAAGAGAAAGUUGUUGUCUUGUGUUCCCAUCCUCGACAAAUGAGAAAUUAGUCAUUUUCACCUUGUCGUUAUCCAACAACGGCUGAGAAAUGUGCAAGAAAAAAGUCACGCAUGUGUGCAAUUCAAUUCAAUUCAAUUCUUUAUUUCACACUAUAUAAGAUAUUUACAUAAGUGUACGUAGGUAGAAAAAUAAAGUAGCUGACAAAUAAUAAUUAACUAAAAGACAUUAAUUUCAUUUGUGUACACUGUCCAAAGUAGCAAGAGCUUUCUUGUUGGACACUGUCAUGUUGAAAUAAUUGGCAGCAGUUAAGAGAGGAAUGAAAUCUCAGAUAAUAUCAAAACGUUUUUGUUUUGCUAAUCUAAACCUAUGAUGUUCUAGUUGCCAUUCUUGCUUAAGCUCAAGCUCCCAAUUACUUGUAACUGAGAAUUUUUGGCAGUUUGUAGUUGUCCUUGUUUCAAAACCAAUGUGUUCCCAGAUACAGGGGACCCAUUUUGCUUGGGAUAUGUGCUUCCAGGGUAAAAAAAACCAUAUCACUUGAGAUAUCUGUUCCUGUAUAGGGAAACACGUACCACUAAAAAUAUGUGUUCCCUGGUAGGAAAACACAAAUCACUAUGUGACGUCUGCUACCGGGUGGGAGACACAUAUCACUAUCGGUAUUUGUUUUCCAGGUAGAAAUACAAAUAACACAAGGGAUGUGUGAUAUGUUUCCCAGGUACAAGAACACAUAAUUAUUACUAAGGAUAUGUGUUUUCAGGAAGGGGAACACAUAUCACUAGGGAUAUGUGUUUCCUGGGUGGGGGAACACAUAUCACUAGGGAUAUGUGUUUCCUGGGUGGGGAAACACAUAUCACUAGGGAUAUGUGUUUCCUGGGUGGGGGAACACAUUUCACUAGGGAUAUGUGUUUCUGGGUGGGGGAACACAUAUCACUAGGGAUAUGUGUUUCCUGGGUAGGGGAACAUGUAUUACUAGGGAUAUGUGUUUCCUGGGUAGGGGAACACCUAUCACUAGGGAUAUGUGUUUCCUGGGUAGGGGAACAUGUAUUACUAGGGAUAUGUGUUUCUGGGUAGGAGAACACAUAUCACUAGGGAUAUGUGUUUCCUUGGUGGGGAACACAUAUCACUAGGGAUAUGUGUUUCCUGGGUAGGGGAACACAUAUCACUAGGGACAUGUGUUUCCCAGGUAGGGAAACACAUAUCACUAGGGAUAUGUGUUUCCUGGGUAGGGGAACAUGUAUUACUAGAGAUAUGUGUUUCCUGGGUAGGGGAACACCUAUCACUAGGGAUAUGUGUUUCUGGGUAGGGGAACACAUAUCACUAGGGAUAUGUGUUUCCUCGGUGGGGAACACAUAUCACUAGCGAUAUGUGUUUACCAUGUAGGGAAACACAUAUCACUAGGGAUAUGUGUUUCCUGGGUUGGGAACACAUUUCACUAGGGAUAUGUGUUUCCCAGUUAGGGGAACACAUAUCACUAGGGAUAUGUGUUUGCUAGGUGGGGGAACACAAUUCACUAGGGAUAUGUGUUUCCUGGGUACGGGAACACAUUUUACUAGGGAUAUGAGUUUCCCUGGUAGGGGAACACAUAUCCCUAGUGAUAUGUGUUUCCUAGGUGGGAGAACACAUAUCACUACGGAUAUGUGUUUCCCAUGUAGGGGAACACAUAUCACCAGGGAUAUGUGUUUCCUGGGUAGGGUAACACAUAUUACUAGGGAUUUGUGUUUUCCAGGUAGGGAACUCAUGUUACUAGGGAUAUGUGUUUCCUGGAUGGGGGAACACAUUUUACUGGGGAUAUGUGUUUCCUGGGUAGGAGAACACACAUUACUAGGGUUAUGUGUUUCUAAGGUAAGGGAACACAUAUCACUAGGAAUUUGUGUUUCCUGGGUAUUGAAACAGAUUUCACUAGGGAUAUUUGUCUCCUAGGUAUGGGGACACGUAUCACUAAGGAUAUAUAUGUGCAGGGUAUUUAAAAGGAUAUCACUUGGGAUAUGUUUUUUCCGGUAGGGGAUCACAUAUCAGUAGGGAUAUGUGUUUUCCAGUCAGGGAAACAGAUAUUAAUGAAAAGCAGCGUAUGAAUAGGCACUGAAACGUCCACAGCAGAGGGAAUGCGAUCACAGAACAAUUUAUUUCUUUAGUGUAUACACUGUAUGUAAUUGUUUUAUGGGACUGCUCAACAAAAGUCAAGUUUUGUAUUUUACGUAUUUCACAGUCUAGAGCAAUUGGAAAGACCAGAGAGCUCUUCAAUCCCAGAUGGCUACACACUCUCUGUUGCCUUUGCCUGUCUUUUGGAGAUUGUGAAAAGUCUUGAUGCACUCGUUCAAGAGAACAGUGCGUCAUCUUCCCAAGUGGAGGUCGUAGGAUGGAUUGAACCUGACGUUUUUAGGACAUCAAAUGAGACAGGAGUUGGGACAGAGACAAUAAGAGCUGCCGCUAAGGAAGGCAGUGAAAGUGAAGGUGGUGGGUAGUGUUUUUAUUGAAUAGUUAGCAACAAAAUUAUAUUGACACGUUUCACUCCUAGACAGGCAGGUGAUUUUGUUACAAGUAGUUAUGGUGAGACCUGGGAUUUAUUUUGUGAAAAAUCAUGAGUCCCAGUUCAGAAAAAUGCUUGCUUGGGACUCUAUGUAUCCAGACUGAAUGCGGAGACAGACACCAAAACUGUUUAUUUGACAGUUUACUGAAAUUAUAAUAUAGUCUCCCUAUAUAUUUAAAGCACAAAAAAGACUAAAAUAAACGUGCAUCUUUAAACAACAGCCAGUGAACUCAUACAAACAGGAUAUUCAUUCAAGCAUUUUGAAAUUCAUCAAUCGUCAGGAUUACAUCCCUCGCGACCCAUGCCAUGAAUUAUUUUGUGUCUUUGAAGAUUUUUAUGUGUCGGAGACGCAGGACGCAGAGGUAACUAAUUCACUGCGGCUUUGAAAGAAAAAUGAUUGGUCUAGCCUUUGUAGAUAACCAGGCCUUCAAUUAUUCCAAAGUGCACUGAACGCUAGUCUCUACAUGCAGUGUAAUCAAGCUACCUGUAGAAAAACAACAAACAAGGUAGCCUUGCAUGAGGGGUGGGAGAGGGUUUAUAACCCAUUUAACAGUAGUGUUUAAUAGUUUUGUCACUAAUUCCAGCCAUUUGCUUAUAAGAGAACAGUAAGUAAAAUUCUAUCUAUGCUAAGAAAAACUUCAUUAGGACAGUGUUUUAUUCUUAAAAAGCUAUUGUCCUUUGAGAGCCAUUGAGUCAUCAAAUUCUUGAAAUACAUGAACCAAUUAGAUGCUAUUGACAUUCUGUUCUUUGCAAAUUAGAUAGUAACUAAAUGUUUUGUUUUUUAAAGGCCCUAACACUCCAGACCUCUUUCAAGAGAUGGUGCUGGCAUCUUGGUGUGGCAUUUUGGCAUCACUCUCCUUGCUUCUGGAAGCAAGGUAUGUAUAUAAUCCAUAAAAAAAAAAGUUAACGGCUUGUUUAUAGUGGUAUUAUAAGUACUUAGCUUAUCCAGCUAGUUUACUGUAGGCACUCCACUCGAAUACUUAGGAACAAAAAAAAUCCAAAUACAACAUACACAUAUAUAUAUAUAACAGGAUUAAAAACCCCAACUGGCAGGAGGCAGCCAGUUGGCUUUUUACAAGAGUGUCCAACGAUUUGAACUCGGGAUGACCGAGCUCAAAUCGUUUAAGUUGCCAGAGCGGGACUCGAACGCGGGACAGCCGGAUUGCAAGUCGGAUAUGCUUACCACUCGGUCAAGCUGCCUCCUUUUUGCCUCCAUUUCAUUCCAAUUAUGAUGUGAAAUCCCCUGAUAGUACUAGUAGGGGUGUGUUUGUUGAGGAAAUCAAGUUAAAAAAAUCCAGAUAUCUAAAAAGUACAAAUUCAAAGAGAGAUUUUGCUGAUCAGAAUCCCUCUGCAACAUUUUUAUUAAAUACAAACCCCCAUAAGUUGACACCCCCAUAAGUUGUUUACAGGAGGUCGCCACUUACGGUCUUUUUUGUGAAGAAGUCUGGACACAUCUACUUUUUGGAGAGAAUGUAUUACAUGCAAUUAUUUAUUGUUGGCUUAAUCUAUGUAAAUCCAUGUUGUUUCUAAAAGUUCUUCUCAUGCUGUUGAAAGGUGAGAUUUAAACCCAGAAGUAGGUUGGUAUGAUCAUUUGGGUGAACGUGGUCCGAAUAGGACUGUUGUUGUUGAGAGUGACUGACGUUAGAACAACCUGUGCAGUAGUCAUCUUCAGAGUCAAAGUGAGUUUUAUCACGUCAGUUGAUGGCGGGUAUUAAACUCUGGGCCGAGUCGUUCAAAGCUGGGCUAAGAUAACCCAGGGUUAGUGCGAGAUUUGAAAGCUUAUAAAGCAUUUCAGAUUUAGUUCUUUUUGUCUACAAGUUGAUGAUUGGAAGCUCUAAAAAUAAACAGAGAAAAUUAUCUGAGAAAAUGCUUUUGAACACAAGAAAAAGAAACCCGGGUUAAAUUUAACCCCAGGUUAAGCGCUAAUCGGCCUUCGAACAAAUGGGCCUUGGUUAUUGACCUGGUUGGUCAAUUAACCCAUUCGCUCCUGGAGAUUUUGCCGAAAAACGCGUUUUGAAGCUAGUCGAGUGGUUUUGUGGUCACUGUCGGGCUAUAAAGAGCGAAAACUUACCACAAACUGGUUUACAGGUCGAACACUUCGCGGCCUUCUGAUCCAGAUGCAAAAUAUCAGCUUGCGAAGUUCGGGCAUGAGCAGAAAGCAAAAUUUCUUGCCUCAUUUUUUUUUUCUCUUGCUGGGCAUUUAGUAGGCUUCAUUUUGGUGGGAAGAGUUUUUAGGAAAGCUUUUAGGAUCUUAGGAUUAGGUGAAAGGAAAGGUAGGUGGGUAAUGGAACAAGAUUUUCAUGGAGAUUUUCAGGUCAAUGUCAGGUGGUUUUUUGCUUGUUUCUCCAGUGUCCUUGACUAAAUUGUGCUCAUUCUGGUAUGGUUUGAAAGAUCUCUUCACUCUGCACAAGUUAGUGAAGAAAUUUGUCCUUGACCGUUAAAACUGAUGAUGUCACAAUGGGUAGAAAGGACCUGGAUCCGCACGGGCGGUUACGGGCGGUUCAGGGGCGAAUGGGUUAAGUCGUGAUGUUAUUGGUCGUCUGUCAGUUAAGUCGUGAUGUUAUUGGUUAUGAGGACUCGUAAUGUCAUUGGCGCAAGUUGGUGUUCUCAUACUCUGAGUAGCAUACCAAAUACAGUGAACACUAAGACCAGACCAUUGUCUUAGGUGGUUGCUUAAAAGAGGUUAAAAAAAUGGAAAUCUAAAACCUUUGUGCUAAAGAGUGGUCAUGGUCUCUCAAUAGAGGUGGUCUUUAAUGAGGUGGUUACUUACAGAAGGUCACUGCUUAUGAGAGGUGAUUGAACAUGGAAGUUAGGGCGCUUUACAGCUGGCCGGACCAUUACCUGACCAGUCAGUUUGCAUAUGAAAUCGGCUUUUUUCAGAGGGUUUUUGCUGAAAAACCGUCUCCUUUGUGCAUACUGUUUAGGAUUUGGCUGAUCUAACUGGAUAGUUUUGAUUGAAAGUGAAAUUCUCAUUACGACAGGAAUGGUCUGGCCGGUCAGUUCUGACAAAUAGAAAGUGCCCUUAAACUAGCUGUAUUUGGAAUGAAGCUGUUUCUUACCAUUUAUAGUACUUAUAGUGACUUUUUUCUCGCAGUAAUGAUGAAAGUGCCACAGAAGCUAUCCUCAAGUCCUACCAGCUUUAUGCCAAUGUUUGCGGCAUUCUUAAUAUGACAACUCCAAGAGAUGCGUUCAUCACAUCCCUCUGCAAGGCAGCAUUACCCCCACACUACACUCUGACAGUAGUGAAUCCCCACUCCGGCACUGCUCAGGUAUCUUAUGUUAAGUUUCCGAGUGGGACCCAGGUGCCCCCUGAAUCACAGAGUGGAGACCACAGAAGCUUGGGAAAGUCUUUGUCUGGGGAGUCUGGCUCUGGUACGGUGCUCACAGGGACCCCACUUGGAUCCAGUCAUGGUCCUGUUUCUGUGAGUAGAUCUUCCUAUAGAAGAAGUCCUCUUUAGCAUUUGUUUGAAUGGUCACACUUUAGUAUUUGAUCCAUAGAUUCAAAAGUUAGAACCACCUUGUACAGCAUAGUAAACAGCACCACAGGAAAGUACUCCUUCGUAGCUUUCAUUUGAAUGGUCACACUUUAGGAUUUCAUCCACAGACUCAAAAGUUAGAAUCCCCUUGUACAGCAUAAUAAACAGUACCACAGGGAAGUACUGCUCAGUAACUUUUAUUUGAAUGAUCACACUUAAGUAUUUCAUCCACAGACUCAAAUAAUUAUUAGAACCUUCAUGUACAUAAUACAUGUUAAUAAACAGUAUCACAGGAAAGUACUGCUCAGCAGCUUUCAUUGAUUGGACACUUUUUAGGAUUUCAUCCAUAGAUUCGAAAGUGAGAACUACCUUGUACAGUACAAUAAACAGUACCUCAGGAAAGUACUGCUUAGUAACUUUCAUUUGAAUGGUCACACUUUAGGAUUUCAUCCACAGACUCAAAAGUUAGAACCACCUUGUACAGCAUAAUAAACAGUACCACAGGAAAGUACUGCCCAGUAGCUUUCAUUUGAUUGGACACUUUUUAGGAUUCCAUAGAUUCGAAAGUUAGAACCACCUUGUACAGCAUAAUAAACAGUACCUCAGGAAACUACUGCUUAGUAACUUUCAUUUGAAUGGUCACACUUUAGGAUUUCAUCCACAGACUCAAAAGUUAGAACCACCUUGUACAGCAUAAUAAACAGUACCACAGGAAAGUACUGCCCAGUAGCUUUUAUAUGAAUGGUCAAACUUAAGGAUUUCAUCCACAGACUCAGAAGUUAGAACCACCUUGUACAGCAUAAUAAACAGUACCGCAGGAAAGCACUGCUUAGUAGCUUUCAUUUGAAUGGUCACACUUAAGGAUUUCAUCCACAGACUCAAAAAGUUAGAACCACCUUGUACAGCAUAAUAAACAGUACCACAGGAAAGCACUGCCUAGUAGCUUUCAUUUGAAUGGUCACACUCUGGGAUUUCAUCCACAGACUCAAACAAUUAUAAGAACCACCAUGUACAUCAUAAUAAACAGUAUCACAGGAAAGUACUGCUCAGUAACUUUUUUUUUAUUAUUUUGAAUGGUCACUCUUUAGAAUUUCUUCCACAGACUAGAAAGUUUAGAAAUACACUUUUCUUCAAUUUAAGUACAGUGCCCUUUGUUGGAAGGUUAACCAAAAGUGUCCAAAAUUAAACUUCUCCUUUUAGUAACAUUGUCCAGUCAAACAAAAAGGUUGUAAGAAAAAAGGAAACAAUCAACAAGUGAAAAGGUCUUUUCAAGACUGUUAAAAAGUUGUUCUCAUCAGUACUAUAGAAAUUCUAGCGCGAAUAUUGCGGAGAAUAUACAUGCUGCUCUUCCGGUUUAAAGGGUCACUGAUGGAGUACAGGCGUUAAGAUGUGUGUUCUUCUUCUAGCUAACAGCAAAGAAUAUCCAGUGUAUGCGGUCAUUACUGAGCCUGGCUCAUUGUCAUGGAGCAAUUCUAGGUACUGCGUGGCACAUGGUUCUCACCACGUUGCAGGUUAGUGCAUGAUCAAAAGUGCAUGAUCAAAAGUGGACAAGGCUGGGGGACUAAAGUUCCCCCUCCUCCUUUUUUGUCCCUAUUGGUUUCAUAUUGGUUCCUUGCAAUCAAAGGUAAAAUAGUGUAAAGAGGCAAGGGAGGUUGGUAAUUCCUCCUAAGUUGCAAAACUUUUGCUCUCUCCCUGUAUUAUCAAGUUUAAAACACGGGGCUUAGAUGAAAUUAAAAUAAAAGGUAAAGGCACACACGAGCUAAAGGCCCAAACGGCCGAAGCUUAUCUCGAUUUUCUUAACAUGAAGCAUGCCUAAAAGUAUUGCUACUCCCCCUGGACGGGGAGUCCAUCGUUGGGGUUACUCCCCAGCAGUAUGUCGCCAGUACCCAUUUAUAGAUCUGAGUUAAGAGAGGCAAAAUGGAGUAAAGUUUCAACGCGGCCCCUUGAAUGAAAUCACAGACCUUAUUUUUCUUUUAAGUAUUUUCUUCGCGAAAAUGGUAGUUUACAGUUUUGGAACUUUCAAUCAAUAAGAAAAUUCCAUGAUGUUGAAUGUGCUGAUCAUAUAAAAUGCACAAAUAUUGUUCGAGCAGAGAAUACUCAUCACUGUCCUUUCAUUGAGCUCUGAAAUUGAUUAAAAUUGAGUUAGAAAAAUCUUUACUGGUCUUUGAAAGUGAAUCUUUUUGAAAUAUUUAUCUCCUUUUUUACGUUUUAUUUAUUAUCAAUUUUUACAGCAUCUGACGUGGAUUCUAGGACUCAAGCCAUCUGCAGGAGGCACGCUCAAAGCUAUGCCUGCCAGUGAAGCACCUAAUGUGGUAAGAAUUAAAUCAUAUAUAAAUAAUAAUUGUUUUGUUAAAAUUGAAAGCUUUAAGGUGGUUCCGUGUGGAGAGUGCACCCCUUAACGUGCGCGUCAGUAGCGCGCGAGAUUUAAAAAGGCAAAACAAACAUGACGGCGCGCGGUUUUUUUUUCCGCGCUCGGUUCGUUUUGUCUGCUCUUUUUCCUCUGAGACUAUGUGUAGAAGAACUCUCUCAAUUUUAGUUAAAAUCUCAUGUUUUCUGUUGCCAUGGUAUCGGCUCAUGAGGAAGUAACAACUAUUGUGGGUCAAGAAGUGGUAUUCGGACCUCUUACCCUCAACGAAAUCGCCACCAAGAGAUAUAUAUUUUAAAACUUAUCGAAAUUUCUCCCCGAUGUUAAGAACCCUAAUUCUUUCCCCCAGCACUCGCGACUCCUUUUGCGUGACAGUCGCAGAUGUUUUAGAAGUUGAUAAAAAAGUUUUAAUUUGUUCUUCAGGUUAUAACUCAGGCAAUGAUGGCCGAACUUCCUGUACUGGCUGCGAUCCUAUCAAGACUCUUUGAGACAUCCAAGUAUGUGUAACCUUGGUUUCAGCCACAGUCUCAAAAGAUAGAACAACCUUGUACAGAAUAAUAUACAGCUUACCAUUAAAGUACUGCUCAGUAGCUUUCAUUUGAAUGGUCACACUUUAGGAUUUCAUCCUCAGAAUCAAAAGUUAUAACCACCUUGUACAGAAUAAUAAACAGUACUAAAAGAAAGUCAUUGAAUGGUCGUUAACUCUCUAGGAUCUCACCCACAGACGCAAAAGUUAGAAUCACCCCUACGAUUUCAAGUUGUAGGGUAAAUACAACAAGUAGGCGGGGAAUCAUUGAACAGCUAGGCGUUUCUUUUUGUUUUAUUUUCCUUUAAAAGUAGCCGGGGGCCAUGAUCAGAAUAGCCGAGGGAAAUCCCCAGUCCCCACCUCUUAAUGACAAUAAUGUGAAUGGUCACAUCUUCAGGUUUCUUCCACAGACUCAAAAAUAAGAACCACCUUUUACAACAAGAUAAACAGUAGCACUGGAAAGUACUGCUCCGUAGCUUUCAUUUGAAUGGUCACACUUCGGGAUUUCAUCCACAGAUUCAAAAGUUAGAACCACAACGUACAGCAUAAUAAACAGUACCACAAGAAAGUAAUGCUCAGUAGCUUUCAUUUAAAUGGUCACAUUCUAAGAUUUCAUCUACGGACUCAAACAUAAGAACCACCCUGUGCAACGUAAUAAAUAAUACGACAGGAAAACACUGCGUAGAAGCUUUCAUUUGAACCAAUGAUCACCUCAUGUUUUGAUAUUCUUGUUUAGGUAUCUUGAUGAUGUCGCUCUUCAUCAUCUUGUUGACGCCCUUUGCCGAUUGUCCACGACGUCAAUGGAACAAGCGCAAAGCAAUAAGGUAAUAAACUUGCCCAGUCAACUUCAACUUUAUUUCAUUUUCUCCACUUUAGAAACGGAAGGGAACUACAGCCGAAAUGCGUUCCGUAACUGUUUCUGUGAUCGUUACUGGGGAACGCACCGGUCAGCUAUUGGCCAAUUUUUUCCCUGUUCCAGAAGUCUUUGCAAAAGUUAACGUGGCUCAGUGAGCCAUUUUCACGAUGACGACAUUUGACUACAACUGCCAGGAUUCAUUUCGUUUUUGCUUUGUUAUUGAAGUUUGUCAAUUCCGCUGAGAGUUAAACAACAAUAGACCUAAUUUGCACAAGAAAACAACAAACUGAAGGAUUCUGGUAGUUGUAGUAAAAUGACGUCAUCGGGCAAUUGUUCUGUUCCCCUCUCCUUUCUAAAGUGGCGAAUGUCGCCGAGAGCUGAACUUACGAGCACAUAGUUGGUUAUAAAUAACAUACGAAAUCUACCAAGACUUAGUCCAUCAUUAUUCCACAUCCCGAGGUAGUCGUUGAUUAAUUGUUGCUGCUUUAGUUUCAGGAGCCUUCACUCUUUGCUGUGGCAAAACUUUUAGAAACCGGUUUAAACAAUCUACACCGCGCACGCGUUCUGUGGAAACCGCUGACUGCACAUCUUUUAGAGGUAGGGCUCAUCUUUUGAACUUUGCAAAUAAUUCAGUUUACUCUGAGAGAAGAGGUGCAGUAUCAGAAGAUCCAUUUUUUUCACUCUUUAACUUUCGACACCACGGCGCCUUUAUCCAGUGAUUGCUCACGUGAUCUUCACGUGACCAUUAGAGGUAAUCGUAUGAAAAGUUUCGUAUAGUCUAGAAUUGUUCCAUGGGUUCCCUCGUUGGACAGCUUUGGGUGGAGACUGCUUUCUCGAUUAGAACACAAUAAUGAAAAUAAGCUUGAUUCCCACGAGAGCCGUGCUUAUUACCAAAUUGAAACUUGAAAAAAACUUUGAAGUAUUGAGAAAAUACUUAAGGAUUGGAGGCUAUCCCACAGCACCGCUUACCUAUAGCCAAAGCUAACUUUGACAUAGUUUGUGCGGUACUGAGAAUUGGCCAGUUUGCUUCCAGCGGCUUUUAGCGAGUAAAAGGUGACACUACCAUGGUUAGUAAAAGUAUUGCUCUAGUAGUCUGGAACGAGUCUACCACUUUUAUUGUUUUGUAUACCAUGACUGGAUUGAGCGUCCUACGUACUUCAAAUGAGCGUUUCCACUUAGCACCCUCCAUCUUGAGCCCUCAAAUAAAAGUAGUGUACUGAGCACACAAUAUAAGUAAAUGUCCUGUUUUUAUUUUUAGGUGUGUCAGCACCCUCACAAUAAGAUGCGCGAGUGGGGAGCCGAGGCAGUGACGUCACUUGUUCGAUCAGCUCUGACGCAUGAUCAUGAUCCUCCUCUAAAACAAGACUUGGUAAGUCACGUGGUGUACGAUGCUGCUGAUUGACAGGGUUGUCUGACAAAUAAAAUCAAAGCGGCACAGACUUAAAAUAGUAGACCUUAUUCACGAUAGCCGCCAUCUUUGCACGCGCUGAAGGGCUGAUGGAAUAAAGCAAUGUAACGUGGUUUCUCCUUUGGCAAACAGAUCUUAUGAUAAAAUCUGUCAACUCAAGAAAUCGCGGUCAAGUUUAUUUAUUCUAGACAACAGAACAUGAAGAACUUUUAAACUCAAAGACGAUAAUAGCAAAAUGAUGUGGGUGGAAGUGAUCAUUGUUAUAUUUUGGAUGUAAUAACGACUGUACAUGUCCUCACAGCAACCAAUAAUUACUUAAAAUCCUGGCCAAACUUUAUCUGUAGGUUUGCAUGACUAAAAUCGCUGUCCUAUUUUAGAGAAUAAACAAAUUCAACCGUGUUUACCAUGUUUACUCCUAUUGGCAAGUUUUAUAAUCUGUUUGGCCCUGAGAAAUCACGUGACUUUGCUUUUUUUCCCAUCAACUCUAAAGCGCGUGCAAACAUGGCGGGUAUCGCGAGUUAGGUCUUUUGUUGCUGGCACAUAUAGAGCGCUUCACUCACGUGGCCUUCAUCUACGCAAAUUUCUUGAACAAAAGAAAGCGUUUACAUACGAAGAGGGUUCAACUCCCACAGGACUGGUUUGGAACACCAACAUGGCCGCCGUUUUAUUGUUUUGGAUGGCCGAUAUGGCCGACGUGACAUGCCAAAACGUUCUAUACCUAAAUCUCGUAGCUGUUUAUCAGUACGAUGCCUAAAGUGAGUGCAAUUCAACAACUAGUUUUGGCACAAUGGAAAACAGCCGGCAUUAUGUCGUGUUUAAUGUCUGGAGUGAGGAGUUUUGUUGGCGUGAUAACGCAUGGUCCCCCUAGCUUUACGUCGUUCAGAAAAGAAACAGUGAUAACAAUUUGUGAAGCCCUGUAAGACAGUACGACAUUGCUAAAUCACAGAAAUCAUAAAUCAAAAACUGGUCACCGAGUAAGUUACGAAGGGAAUUUGUCCAGAUACACCGUUUAUCACCAGGUAACAAUCAUUCAGGUUUUUGAACGCGUGUUUUUUGUGUCUUCCGUAGCAACUUCAGUCCAUGUUGCUGAGCCCCCUGCAAGAAAUGUCUAAUGUCAGCUUUUCUGACAUUCGCUACAAGCAGUUAGAAUGUGUGCUGCAGGUAAGCUUUUCCUUUUUUCCAGGUUGUUGCAUUUUACGAAACGUUGUUGUAGAAAGUAGAGCGUACUUCUACGUUUUGCAACAAACUCUGUACAUGUUGCGCGUUUUAUCGGCCUAAGGCAAACUUAUUUUGCAACAAGUGACGUAACUCCCGUGAUGUAUCACGUGACUUCCGCGUAAUUUUAUCCAAUCAGAAGUCAGCAUUCACGCAACUUGCAAAUAAGGUUUGAACGUGGGUGGUAAAACGCGCGAGAUCACUUUUCAAUUCUUUUUGCAGCAAUGUUGCAAAACAAGCUGUGCAAUUUUGUUGCUUGUUUUGCGUACCCUAUCUUAAAAACUGGGUGCUUCAAAUAUUCAGAUUCUAGUACCAAGCCGGGAGAAUUCUGCAGCAUAGGUAAUAGAAAAAGAACGUUUUUUUUAAUGAGUUAUGUUCCAUUGAGUUUAGAUUCUUCACUCCACCGGUCAAAACCUUGGUCAAGGAUGGCUGUGCGUGCUUGGUGUAAUAGGCGCUGCUACCAACCAACAAGGGUAAGAUAUUUGGAACUAGUGCAUUUCACGUUUUAUAUACCACUUAUUAACCGAGAGUAAGGUCAUUACGGGGAAAUCUCAGACCGAGGCCUUAAUGUAUUGAAACUUUCGGAAUUUUUCGGCGACCUUUCCGGCAAUUUACGAUGAUUGUGAAGCGUCAAUUUUUGGCGUCUGUUAGAACAGUCAAGGUUAUUUUAGCUUUUGGUCAGUGUUAGUUGACGAGAGCCGCAACGCAAUAAGUGAGCCAUGCCAUAUUUGUCUUUAAACAUUCCUGUCAUCAACCUAUUUUAUAUAAUUUUGGCGGCUUUAUUAAUGUUAUUGUUUGUAACAUUUGUUUCAGUGAGGGCCUUAUUCGAGUGGCUUUUCAAAGCCUGCAGCUUGUAGUGACGGAUUUCCUUCCCUUGAUGCCUUGCACGUGUAUCAAGGUCGUUGUGGAUGUGGCGGGAAAAUUCGGCCUGCAACCGCAGGAGCUUAACAUAAGCCUAACUGCUAUUGGUCUGCUGGUGAGUCACGUGUUUUUUAAGCCAAGCUUGAUAUUUGCUUGGGAAGUGACACAUUUUUCGCUUCCAAAAGGUUCAUAACCUCUGAUAUAAACGAAGUGCUUAUUUUCCUUUAGCUAAAAAAACCCAAGGCGCAAUUAAUAUGACAUUUUCAUGGUUUCUGUGUUGUUCAAAAUUAUCUCGCAGUGGAACAUCUCCGACUUUUUGUCGCAACACCGGGAAAAGAUUCGCACAGCGCUGGAAGAAGCUGAAACUCCUGCCAAUGAAGGCACUAAUGAUAGCAGUAGUGUUGGCACCAAAUACGAAAAACCUGUACCUCCCUCUGACCGACAGUGGAUGUGUCUGUAUUCCAAGCUCGGUGAGUUGUGCGUUGAUCCGAGGCCCGCAGUCAGAAAAAGCGCGGGACAGACGCUGUUCUCCACCAUCAAUGCUCAUGGUUCUCUUCUGGAGAAUGUCACGUGGUAUACAGUGCUCUGGCAGGUAAAUGCACCAUUCAGCGUCCUACACAUGACCUUUUUGCUUCGUCACGCAACGAUCUUCCCCCAACAAAUGCACGACAAGUUAAAAGAAUGUCGUAGGACUGCAGUAGACUAAAUUUGCCUCCGUACAAAUUAUUUCUCGUUUGGCCUUUAUUUCUCAAAACACUCGAAACGCUGGAAGACUGUUAAGGUCCGAGAGUGAGAGAGAGUUUGUGCCUAGUUUCCUUCAAAUAACGGUGUAGUUUUAUCAGUACGCAUGACCGGCCUUAUCGAGUCCGUGAACCUGUUGAUUUUAUCUCAAAGUCACAAGAAUCGGUACUUUAAGAUUCCGUCGGAAGAAGAAACGUAGUUGUAAUUCAGCUCAAAACAAUGAUUUGGUUCAGUUAAAAGCCUUUCUCGAUAUUCAUCACUGCUCUUUCAGGCACUGGGACAGUGGAGCAGACUUCGACGCAGUUGAAGUUAAACCUAGCUCAUUCCAGGGUCUUUCUUUUCCCAGUCUAUGUCACUGGCGGAGAGAAAGGUCUUUCUUGAACAGCUGAUUGAUGAAAGAGAAGGAGCGUAAUUGCAAGUCUUCAUUGCGUCCUCUCUUGUUGCCCUCUCGCCUUGUCAAUAGAGACCAUAAGAUUCUAAGACGAGGACUACUUCGAGGACGAGAUUUUCUCAAUAGUUGGUGUGCGGGCGCGUGAACCACUGCAUUUUGGCGGGAAAUCUUGGUAGCCGUCUUCAUUUUUUUAUGGGUUUCAGCAAAAUGUCGCGGUGGCGGAAGCAAUUUAUCAACUGCUAGAAGUAUUAUUAUUUUGCGAUUGGUUGAGAACUGAUCCUUCUUUACUAAAAAUAUCCGGGGAAAUUUUUUUGGUGAAAAUGUGUGGUGGAGCUUUCCAGGGUGUAUAUGUUUUGAGCAUGCGGACAAAAAGGUUUAAGUCAAAUCUUGUCCUGGUCGUCAUUCCCGUUCCCUUAUUCUAAAGGUCUCUAAACACUGGAUUUGUUUGGGUAUUUCUCCACAGGUGCUAUUCCCAUUGUUGGAACAAGUCAAAACUAUGUCCACGUCAGCAGCUGAUGUUCCACCACCGAGCGACUCAGUGAACUCGAAGGGUAAAAUCCUCAUUCAUCAUUCACGUGACACAGCUGAAAAACAGUGGGCGGAAACACGUGUUUUGACCUUGAGUGGUGUCGCACGCGUCUUCAACAACCGGCGGCAAAUUUUGGCGGGACUUGAGGAAUUCCCGCGUGCAUGGGCUCUUCUGUUGGAAUUCAUCGAGUUCGCAGCUCUGAGUAAAUCCGCUGAAGUUGCACUGGCGGCGCUCAAGAGCUUUCAGGACAUUGUGCAAGACUCCAACGAGACUCAAGAGAAUUCGGUCGCGAGUUCAAGCCCAGUGGACAAGUCGCGAGACAAAACGGCGGGAAAAGGCGCUGCCAAGUUGAAAGUGAAACCUAAGUUUUGCGAAGCAGCAGACGAAGACCUAAACCUUUGGGCAAAUGCUUGGAGGGUGUGGUAUAGUAUAGGCAGUACAAGUAUGUCCGAGUCUCAUAUCCUGAGGACAAGACGAGAUUCCUCUGGAAAAAUCAUCAAAAUAAGAACUUACCCCGCGCAGGCUUUCCUCGCAGCACUGGUACAAAUUUUUCCGUCAUUAUUCAUGAGAAUAUACAGUCGCUUUGGCUUAGCAGACUUGCAGAAACUUGCGAAGAUCCUAGAGACAUCUGUUACAAUCCCAGUUCCCUUUGACCAAUCUCCAUUCCUGGUUCCAUCUUUUCAAGAUACUGUCCUAACAGCCCUGCAACACGCGAUUUUGAACACGAUUGAUAUUUUGCGUGAACCAUUACCCAAUUCAACCGGCUCCGUUCUUCAUGUUUCAAAUCAACCAAUGUAUCCGACUCUGUUUUCUUUGCUUCUUCAAUUUUUUGAGUACGCGACGGAGCCUCCUCGUAUUCAUGAUUUAUCGGAUGAUGAUGGUGCGGCCAGAAAGAAGAAGAAAGAGUGGGUUAUCCUCAGUCUUACUCCCUUCUCAGAGAAAUGUCUGGAGAUGACCCUAGCUUUGUAUGACGAGUGUUUCUCCAAGCCUGCGGUCAUUGAAGAAAACGUCCUGGAAAAAAUAAUCAAGGUAUGAUUUUUGAUUAUCAAGUGAGGAAAAAAGAUUUUUCAUGUUAAUCCAGAGACCUUUUGUCCUGAUAAGACAAGAACGUUGAUUUAUUGAACGGCUUCAAAGAAUACCAGUAGUAGAUCUGCUCAUUCUUUAGCCUGCGUGGCAAGCGCAAAAAGGAGACGUUUUUUCCCUUUUUUCUAUCCCUACCCUUUCGACGCCUGCUACACAGGCUACUCAUUCUUUCGUCCUUUUCAGAAAAGACAAGAGCGUCGAAUUUAUUGAACGGCUUGAAAGACUACCAGUAGUACAUCUACUCAUUCUUCCAAUUGUCCUAAGGUUUAGUCUGCGUGGUUAGCAGUUUCGUAAGAGCGUGAUGUAGGAGACGAAGCCGUGAAAAACCAGUGUAGAAGCCGUAAAGGAAAUAAGGUAUCUUUUAAUCCUUACCUAUGUUUCCCGCCCUCAAACGAAACCACUGGCGACACAGGCUACCUUUGGCUGGGCUAUUUUCAAAAUCUAAACCCUGUUGUAUGUGAUUUUAAAGACACGCGUUGAACAUUGAUUCCUUUGGUAUUUUCUCUCGUACAUGUAAAUUUUAGAAUUUAUGAAAAGUCUUCUUUAUUUAUUCGAUAUCUGCAGUGAGCUAAAGAAAUGGGAUUAAGGGUAAAUCAUACCACUUAAUUAUUCGAUGUAUUGGUCUGUGCGUCGAUUUUGGUGACGGCUUACACCAACUGAGAAUAGUGUUGGGGAUUGUUUCGUCAAUCUCAACAAAGAUUCAUGAAAGUAAAAUAAAGGAAGUUACUCCGGAAAGGAUUUCGGAAUAUCGGAUCUAAGUCAACAUUAAAUUUUGCCAGCUCUUGCUUAAUGUUUCGUCAGGAAUUCUUGUUGAUUUGAAAAGCCACAUUACGAGCAGGGAAAACAGUGUUUCGUCCGAUAUCAAGAUACCUCGAGGUCGACCCAUUAAUCAGUUUCUCCACUUCAUAUAGAUCACUCCCUCGCGUGUUUCAUUUUCGGUGUUUUGAGAUGAGAUGAGACACUCCUUGUUUUUAGCAUAUAUCUUUUCUCGGUGUCUGGAUUUCUGAUGUCAGACUCCUCUUGUUUGAUGCAUUACUUCUAGAUGUUUGGAUAUCAGAUUAUUAAUAUGUUACUUCUCAGUCUUUGGAUAUCAGAUGAAACACUCUUUCUCGUGUUUAAUAUAUUACUUCUCGGUGUUUGGAUGUCAGAUAAAACUUUCCUUCUCGUGUUUGAUAUGUUACUUCUCGGUGUUUGUUAUCUUAUGAAGCACUCCUUCUUGUGUUUAAUAUAUUACUUCUCGGUGUUUGGAUGUCAGAUAAAACUUUCCUUCUCGUGUUUGAUAUGUUACUUCUCGGUGUUUGUUAUCUUAUGAAUCAGAUGAAACACUCCUUCUCGUGUUUGAUAUAUUCUUCUGUUUUGAAUAUAUUCUCAAACUCAUUAAUAAUUCUUAAGAAAAUGUUUGUUUAAUGAGAUGAAAUCAUCCCUCUCGAUUGUGAUAUAUUUUCUCCUUCAAAAAUCUUUUGUUUGCGAAAAUAACACCACCGUAAGAGACCAGAAUGGUCAACUCAUAUUUGUUGAAUGUAUUUUCAACUCUCUUCAUGUUUUCUGGUGAUGAAACACUGCAUCCUGGUCAAUUCAUAAACACUUUCGAUUUAAUUUUUUUUUAUAUUGCUUUAAAAUAACCGCACCGUUAGAGAACGGACUUUUUUUCUUUUUCAGUCCCUGCGCAAUUCAUAUUUUUGUAAUGUUUUUUUUUUUUCUGUUUUGGCUGAAGUACAGUUGCCCGUCCCAAUCCACGUGGAAGUUAGCUGUAGACUCCUUGAUGACUGUCACGCGGAAAGGACUUAACGUGGCUCUUUCUCGCCCAGGUAAGCUGAGAUUGUGUGACAAAGGAGGAAAAUAAGUUAUAAGUAAACACGAAAAGACAAAAAAAAAUCAAAUUAUUACAUAACCACCAAUGAAAUACCAGGUGAGCCUUCGCGAGAAAACCUGUAAAAAUAAAAUGUUAUUUUCACACGUGAAGAGCUCACCGUUGCUAUGGUUACACAAUAGAUCGCGCCUUUCGCAGCAAAGAGUAUUUUAAUAUUCUUUAAAAAGUAAAAUGGUUUGGUAUUUUAUUGGUGUUAAUGUAAUAAAUAGAACAUUUCAUGGCUACUUGGAGGUACGAAAUUUCUCUUCAAGAGUUGAAAGAAAUUUUUUCGCGUUUGGGUAAUUUUCAACACUCGAAGAGAAAUUUCGUAUCUCCUGGCGGCCAUGUUAUAUCGUCUAUUUAUGGAAACGGAGGUAUGACUGUGAAUCUUCGGACAUACCAGAUCUUUUUACUACAUAAUAGACCCCUCUGGUUCCAAUUCAUUGAGCACACACAGCAAAAUGAAAUUCAAGCUUUGGUGGACUAUUUCAUACAAAUCGCUGUAUUUUGUUACCCCACACCUCCAGUUGGUGCGUUUCUUCAUAGGAAUGCGGAAACGAUCUAUUGUCUUUUUCCGUGACAACGAGAAGCUGUUUUUACAUUUCAUUGCCCUCACCCUGGCAGGCAACACAUAUGUUAUGAAAAUAAGUAUUAUGUUUUAGAAGGGAUAUUCUUGGUUUAAUAAGUAGGCUUCUUGUUUAAUUUUCACGUAGUCAUGUUUUACUGCAUCGUGUUUUUUUGUAUUGCGUUUACGAACAGAGCUCACCACAUAUUUAUUCUGAUUAAGUUUGUUCUUCUGUAGGGGAUUAUGAGGCAUAAAAGCAGUUUUGUACAUACAUAUUUCAAGAGUUAAUCUUUCAGUCAAAAAGGAAAUAUUGAAAGGCAAUUUAGUACAAAUAGUUUCUUGUUCGGUGAUAACACGAUGAUAAAAUCAUCGAAUUAAAACCCCAAUCAUGAAAAGACACAAACACAUCCAAUUAAAAUCAUUACCAUUUGUUUUCGUAUUUCAGAUUCUUUCAGAUCAAUGUGGUACGAAUUAGCUUCAGCUUUGGAAGACUUUCUCUUCUCAGAUAUGUAAGUCUUUCAUUAUGUUACACUUACUCCCAGGACGCCGUAUAUAAACUCAAAGUAAAUUCUUUUGUUAAAGUGGCUGUGUAACGUGGAUAUGCUGUUUUAAGUCAUUUCUGUGCUACAGUCAUUACAUUUUAUCAGCGAGCACUAACUAUAACAAUUUUUGGUUAAAUUUUGCAGGCAUACCAUUUAAAAUUGAAAACGCUGGCCUAAGUUGUUCAAGUUUCAUUUCAUGUCCUUGCCACCCGCUGCAAAGGACGAAAUAAAUACAAAAAUAUAGUCUCGAAGGAAAAAACUGCACCAUUAUAUGUGGAAUUCAAUCGCUGCAAAAAAGUUUUAGGUUUUUUAUAAGCAAGCAAACACAGUCGACUCCCGCUAACUCGAAUACAAUACUUUGUUUGGUACUUUUAACGGUUUAACUCUAACAAAGUUUUAUACUCGUUGUAUUCAAAAGGAGUCCGCCGGAGAAUCAGACGCUCGAACAACAUCAAGCAGAUGAAGCGUUAGACAUAAAGGUGAGAAAGAGAAUUUAAGUUACCUAACCUGUCCUUCCAGGUAAUGGCACUGAUUGUUGUAUUUGAUUGACAGCUUUUGCGCAUGAUCCGUGAGGAAAUCCUACCUCACUCUGGUGCUCUACCUAAGGACUUCAUGGCUCGUGUCAUGGCGCUCCUGAAUCGAGGCUCUAUUCAUUCGGCUGCUGAUGCAACAUUCAGUGGUAUGUGUCAUGUGAUUUAUUUUUAAUUUAUUCUUGAAGGGGCUACGUUACGCUAUUUGCUAUCCUUUUUAACCCUUUAAACCCUAGAUCAAAAUUUGAAUUCUCAUUUGUUGCCCCUAUUCAUUUCCUACGGACGUAGUGUGGAGAAGUUGAUUAAAUAUCAAGCAGAUUUCUCUUGUGUGAUCAUGUCCGUAAUUCUCAUGACCACUCGGUUUUACAAAGCAUUGAUAUUACAAGGAGAAAUUUGACGCUGAUCACUUGUAGGGCUAAAAGAGUUAAUAAACCCUAAGAUCAAAAUGUGAAUUCUCAUUUGUUGCCCCUAUUCAUUUCCCACAGAAGUAGUGGGGAGAAGUUGAAAUUCAUCUUGUGUGAUCAUGUCCGUAAUUCCCAUGACCACUCUGUUUUACAAAACAUUGAUAUUAUAAGGAGAAAUUUGAUGCUGAUCACUCUUGGGGCGUAAAGGGUUAAUUCUCACAACCUAUGCUCUUGAAGAUCUGCUGAUGUUGUCAGGAGGAAAUUGAUGUUGGUCACUCUUGGGACCUGAAGGGGUAAAAGCUAAAACGUGUCUUCGUAUCGGUUAAAUUCCGGAAACAAUGGUCCUGUUUUGCUAUCUACGACUUUAUUUAGGCAUUAUAACUGCUUGGGCAUUAACACCAUACUGCUUCUAUUUAUUUGCAAUGCGUGUUUGCCUGCGCCCUACCAGGAAAUCAGCUUUUGUUGUGUGUGGUUAGCGUAGUGAAAUAAAUGUAUUGAUUUGAUUCUUGUCGUCUGUUGCUACAGACGGCAAGGAUGGACAUGGAUUGAACUUUUUCAAGAUUUAAUGCAAUGUUUGGGGGUGUUUACUGCUCUCUGAGGAAUUUUGGCACUCUACUGGAGCAUUAUGUGGAUCGAUAGCACCUACCCCUCCCCUAAGCCAACAUUAGCACUUGCGUCUUACUUAGGGCAAAAUGUUGGCUUCGGGGAGGGGUAGGUGGGCAGUUUCCCAGAAACGUAUAAUGAUCCCGAGGCGGGUGUCGGAGACGAGACAAAUAGAAGUCUACUGGAGUAUUCCGACGUAUUCAGCGUUUAAUUUUCCAAUAGAUUUCGGCCUUACAACUUGUUUUCAGAUUGCAUGAUCUUCUCUCUUAGACUGACUACAAUACACAUGAAACCUAACCUAUAUUAUUAUAAAGUGAUUGACAGAUAGUCAACUCAAGGCUUCUGCACAGACGUUAUGCUCGUAGCGCAAUCCUUCUUUGAAGAGGAGGGGGGGGUGGGGGGUGAGGGGAGAUUGCAUAACAUAAAUGAGAACUUAGAAGAAGCUUUAGUUGACUAUCCAAAAUCCUGAAAUUGCUGAUUUUCCAUGAUUUUACUAAAGCCGAAUAUUUCACCAUCUUCAAACAGGAACUGAUGCAAACGGAUUUCCUCUCCGCGAAGAAUUCGCCAAGUCCUGCUUCGAAACUCUUCUUCAGUUCUCAUUUGUGAAUGGUACACCGGAAGUGGAUCGUCAAGCAGACCAGUCAGACGGCAAAGUGGCUGAGUUAGCUCUUGACGUUCUCCUCAGUCGAUGCAGUGAUGUGUUAGUGAAGUACGUUGAAGAUGAAAAACUUAGUGGAAAGUGUCCUCUUCCAAGGUAACUUUGUUCAUUUCUUUCAGGGGUUUGGUUGUUGUUGGGCCAUUGAUAUAUCUUCCAUUCUUUUCGCCUUACGAAUACAACACCAUAAACUCCAAACAGACUCAAAAUUUGUUUUUGUAACACACUAGAAAACGAAAACCACCUUGUACUGCACAAUAAACAGUACCACAAUAAAGUACUGCUCAGUAGCUUUCACGUGAAUGGUCACACGCUCGGCAGCUUUCAUUUUAAUCUUCACACUCAAAGAGAUCAUCCACGCCUAAAACUAAGAAAGAUAUCUAUAACUGAGUAGGAAAUGAAGGAUUCAUUUAAAUUAUCUUGUGAUUUAGUUCGUUGUCCAGACACAUCCUUCUUAAAACUGAUUCCGAAUGACCGUGAGACCAAGAUGGCUGUAGUUGUUGGUGGGGGGGGGGGGGGCACUUUGCCACUGUGAAGGGUGGGGCUUACUAAGCAGAUUAUGUUUCUCUAAAAUGAGUUAUCACUUAUGGAAAAUUGAUCAGCGAUAUAAAAAACUGUGUUGCAUAGAGUAUGGAUAUUUGGGUCCCACCGGUACACCCCCUCUAAAAACUUCACAGAAUACCUCCCCCGGAAAGUACACUAGUUGUUUAGACAGUUGGUAAGUCUUUCAAUUCUUCAUUGCUAAUAUUAUUUAUUUUUUUAACAUUCUUAGAACUCGUAUGGCAGAGAUGUCGUUUGUAAUGAAGGCCAUCAGCACGUUGGUGUCUUCAAUGAAAAGAGCUGUAAAGGAAAAUCCAACUGUCGGUAUGUUAUUGGCCAGCUAUCUCUUUUUUGCAUACAGCGUUUUCACUCACGUGGUCAGAUCUAUGCAAAUUUAUUGGAACAAAAGAAAGCGUUGGCAUAACAAAAGAGUGAACUCCCACAUGACUGGUUUGGGACACCAACAUGGCCGCCGUUUCAUUUUUUUGGGACAACAAUAUGGCCGCCGUGACGUCAUGUGAAAACACUCUUUACGCACUUCCACGGUUUUUUUUUUUCAGUUUUAGAUAAAUAGCAAUAAGCGGAUAUCCAUUGACACUGCUUUACCUAGUUUCGACUAAGCAUUUUUUUUUUUUUCUAAAAAAGUUGUUUGGUUAUGAUUUUUUUUCUUAAGUGAUAGCGCUUUCCAUUCCGGCGUGGUCGGCCUUAGUUUCUCGUCUUAAUCCGAAGUGACUAAGACUUUUCAGAAUUGUGGGGAACUUGCGGGGGAAAAGUAGCGGAUUCCAAGCCUUGAAAGCAAAAGUAUUAUUGUUUUUCGUUCAAGUAAGAAAACGUUUUCUCUGCUUCCCGAAAUCAGGGCUUACUAAAUGUUCUGGAAUCCCUGAUAACCAUUUCAUCUCAUCUUAUCAAUCAGUCAGUCAAUCAAUCAAUCAAUCAAUCAAUCAAUCAAUCAAUCAAUCAAUCAAUCAAUCAAUCAAUCAAUCAAUCAAUCAAUCAAUCAAUCAAUCAACAACCAACCAACCAACCAAUUAUUCAAUAAGUCGUAUCUUAGCCGUAUACGUCAAGUUUCUUCGCUUCCUUUGACCUACGCCAAGCGAGUGGAACACUAAAAGUAGCUUUCUCUGUAACAUGACGCAAAUUUUUGUUGCAGUGGACGGUAGGAUCUGGGAUCAAGUCAUUGAACUGUAUCCUCGUCUUGUGGAAUGCUCUGUUUGUAACUCGACGCAAGUCCGACGAGCCUUACGGGAGGCACUUCAAGAGUACGCUGACUUAUUAAGACCGCCGACUCAUACUUCAACUAUUAAUGGUGAUCGGUAGCUUAGGACAGUUCCUCUACGUUUAUUUUAAGAGCUUUCAAAGCUACAUGUGACGAUUCACGUUCGUUGGAGCACGUGAAAGGAUAAGAGAUCACAGUGCACAAUCCUUAGAAAAACAGACAAACGAAAAUAAUGAAAAUGGCUUAAAUAUUAGCGGAAACUGUAUUUGUUCAAUUACCAUUGCAGAAUGUUUGCUUUUGGUAUGCGUAAACGUUAUACCAUUGUUCUGAAGAAGCUGUAAAUAAUGUUUAGGAGUUUUCACUCGCGGGAAUUUCAUAAUAUUUAACGAAUUUUACCUAGAAGAAUGACCAAAAUAAAUGCGCUUUUCAUCUACCAAAAUUAGGAUAUUGUUCUUUCUUUGUCUUCCAACGGUUAAUUCAGUUGGUCGAAACGCACAACUAGACGACAUUUCGUCACUACUUAGAGCUGGUGCUACCUAAUCCAAAGCCAGACUACUGCUUUAACAGACAAAAUUUUUUUGCAAAAGGAAACCUUUGCUUAUGUAAUUUGCAGGUUAAUAAGUCAAUAAAACUUAAAUGAUUUUGAUUCC